AUUUUGUUCGUCGUCUUUAAAUACGCUCUCUAUUACAUUUAGGACUUUUUGAUAGUAUUUUGAGAAACUCUCUACUGUCCUUUUGAUCUGACUUGCUUCUGUUUUUAAAAACAACAUCAACACUUAACAACAACAACACUUUCGUAGUAAACAACAACAACAACACUACAUUUUUCAUAACAAUAAUAAUAAUACAUUUAGUAAUUUAAAAUAUAAAUAAUAUACAAAACUAUAAAACACUAUGAGUGAUUAUUCAAGCGACGAAGAUACAACUUGUCCAAUUUGCUGCGAAGACUUGGACAUUACAGACAAACAUUUCCAACCUUGUCCGUGUGGAUUUAAAAUCUGCUCUUGGUGUUGGAACAAGAUCGACAAUACAAGCAAACGUUGCCCAAAUUGUAGAAGAGAAUACGAGAAAUCAAACAUUGAAUUUACUCCUCCAGAUCCAGAAUUAAUUCAACAAGAAAAGAAGCAAAAGGAGAAGAAGAAAAAACCACACAUUAACAGAAAACAACUCGCAAAUGUUAGGGUUAUACAGCGUAAUUUGGUCUAUGUGGUUGGACUAACUCUGGUUGUUGCUAAACAUGAUUGGUUAAAACAUCAAGACAAUUUCGGAAAGUAUGGUAAAAUCAAAAAAGUAGUAAUCAACAAGAGUAAUUUACAUAAUUCAACACAUAUUGCUUCUAAUAGAACUCCUACAGUGAGUGCAUAUAUUACCUAUGUUAGAAAGGAGGAUGCCUAUAAAGCUAUUAGGGCUGUUGACAAAACUUACUUGGACGCUAAACAAUUACGAGCAUCUUUUGGUACAACAAAAUAUUGUGCAUACUUUUUAAAGGGUAUUCCUUGUACGAAUCCUGACUGUAUGUAUCUACACGAAUAUGGGAACGAUGAAGAUACUUUUAAUAAGGAUGAAAUUGUUCUGAGGAAUGGUUUGCCAGUUCCACACAAUUUAGAGAAAAUGUCUCAGUUUUAUCCACCUGAUGAUGAUUCACAACCGAUAGAUAAACAUUUCUGGAAGUAUCAAAACUCUAACAAGGAGCCUGAGGGUGAUGAAUCUAAUGAGGAUGAUGAUUUGUCUGCUGGGGGAGCAAAUAGCCGUUCUAAUCCACUUCGUCAUUAUGAUAUCAUGGACGACGACGAUGAUAAUCUAUUAGAAGAGGACUUACAAGAUGAUGACUAUGCUGAUGACUCCAUAGGAAAUACAAGACCAAGAACAAGUUCUUCCAGUAGGAGCAGACAUGAAUAUGAUCAUCAUAGCAUUGAUGAUUAUUAUUAUGGAGGUGAUGAUGAUGGUGAAGAAGAGGAAGAAGAUGAUGAAGUACAAACAGAAUAUGCUGAUUUAACAACAAAAGUGUUAGAUAAUAGCAAAGAAUCGAUACUUCCUAAAACAGCAAGAUGGGGACAACCUACUACUCCUAUUGUAACUCCAGCUGUUACUUCUCCAAUAAUACCUGUAAAUUUACCAACAAAUAUUACAAAGAGUAAGAAGAAGAAUAAGAUUAAAAACAAGAAUAAGAAUAAGAACAAGAACAAGAAAUCAAAACAAAAAGAAACAGAAGCAACUGAGGCUUCCACAGAAACAACAGAAGCUUCAACUACAACAAUAACAACUAAUGAUACUAAUAAUACAGAAGCUAACUCUUGCAGUAGUGGAAGAUCUAGCACUGAUCCAAGUGGUGAAGAUUUAAUAUCAGAAAACCAAGAAAAGGUUGCAAUCAGUGUUAUUGAUAAUAUAAAUAUCAAUGAAGAGAGUACAUUAGACCAAGUUGAAUCUCAAAUUUUAGAAACACAUCCAACUUUGGAAAUGCUUGGUCUUGAAUCUGGACAACAACCUAUUUCGAGUGAUAGAUCUGCUUUACUUGCAUUGGUUGACUCGAAACCAACAACAAAUGGAUUUAAUGGUUUUGGAAUGGAUCAAACACAACAAGGAACACAAAAUUCAUUCACUGCUCCACAAAAUUAUCAACAAGUGCAAAACCAAUAUUAUGGAUAUCCACAACAAGUUCAGCAGCUGUUUGCUACCUUCCAAUAUGAUCCUUACUACCAAUAUUAUGGAGAUGCUUGGUCAAAUGGUAAUCAAAACGUUGAUACAAAGAGAACAUCAUCUAGAUUCUUUGGAGGCAAUCCAUCUUCUGAUGCACCACCUCAACAACAACAACAACCAUCUCAACAAUCUCAACCUCAACAAAUGCCACAUCACUACCCUUAUGGAGGACAUGGUAUGGAUUGGAAUAUGCAAUCAGUACCUUAUUUAUCUGGAUCAGGAUCUGGUCAACAAACAAGUAGAUUCUUUGGAGGUUCAUCUAAUGGACAAGGUAACGAACAAAUGUUUAAUAAUGCUGAUCUUCAAAACAGCUUUAGAGCUUUACUCCCUAAUGUAAAUAUUACAUUUGCCAAAAACGAAGGACAACAAAAUAAUGUUGAUUGGGGAAUGAACGCAACUGAAACUGAACCAAACCACCAACAAAAACAAGUAGAUCCUUAUGGUGUGAAUCAACAACAACAACAAGCAUAUUCUGGUUUCUUUACUCAACAAAAUAGAUAUCCACAACAAACACAAAAUUCAUGGAGUUGGAAAUAAAGUUCUCGAAAUUAUUGUAC